AUGGCGCACCGCACCUCCUCCAUGAUUUGGCAAGCCUGGCAAGCCAUGGCCAUUCUUGUAAGCCUGGCGAAUCUGGCGCAUCUGGCGAGGGCAGAUGGUGACUGCUCCAAAUGCUCAUCGAUAGCUGACUGGAACGACAAGCAUUUUGAGAGCUGUAAUUGCUGGGGUGAUCCGCACGUCAGUGACAGCUGGAGCGUCAAUGGAAGAUUUGACUUCCAUGGACUGGGUGUCUACCGUUAUGCGCACAUUGAUGCAUGCGGCGGCGGCUUCAAGAUGGACGCAUUCCAAUGCCAGCACAGGGACUGGAAGCAUGCUGCCGUCUUGUUCGUCGGCAUCGAGCUGAACAAUGGUGCACAAGUUUUUGUGAACGGAACACAGGUGUCCACAACUGGCAAGGUAAGUGUCACGGGAACCACAGGCGAUGGGGAUCUGCUGCAGAUGAGCAAUCCGAGGGAUGGCGUCAACAUUAUGAGCGAUGACUCGUGCAUCCGCAUCAAUGUCAACGCAGUGAACCUUCACGGUGACCUCCAUUAUUCCAAUGGCUUCAAGGUCAGAGUGCCCCAGGACGCCAUCAACGACAAGGGCAUCUGUGGUGCCGCUAAGCAAUGGAAGGAGCACGUGGUGCGCGGGGAGGGCGACUUCAUCUUCUCCAUCGAGCAGUGGCGCUUUAUGUGCGGCAUGUGCAGUGCACUAGGUGGGCUGCACCCGCUAAACUGCCCGUCUCCAUACUUCGGCCAGUUCGAUGCGAGUCCUGGUGGGGAGUUCCUGCGGCCCUUCGAGAAGGAGAACGAGCGCGAGUGCGUCUCCCUCCACGAGGGCGACACUAUCGACAAGCUUCAGGCCAAUGGCCAGAACUCCGUCGUCUACGCCAUCCUGGAAAAGUCCAUGAGCUGCGCGGACUUCUGCCAUGAUCGCAAAAGUCAAUGUGUUGAUGUGAGGGACAACCAAGACUUCGCUCCUUGCAGCUUCACUGACGGCCCGUCGAAGGCCGAUUGUGACUCUACCGAAUACUACGACCUCAACUGCGUUUGCAUGAAGCCGGACCGCUCGGCCCCUGGGCCGGACAGGCGCUACGUUUGUGACGACAAGGUAGAUGCAGCCGGCAAUGCCUUCCAUGUCGAAGAUGCAGUCAAGCUUUGCAAGGCGAAGGCUCCUUUCUUGCACCGCGCCGAAUGGGACCGUCAGGGCUGCAAGAAUGAUGACGAGUGUCGCAUCGACUUCAUCCUUGGAUCAUGCGUAUCAGACGUGUGCAAUGCAGAGCCCAAAAACCGGGUGGCACUCGCCAAGAACGCUGGAGAUCAGGAUCCGCGUCGAGCCCCAAACGAAUCCGCAGAGCGCUGCGUGGCAGACAGGCUGGGCCGUGAACUCUGCCACGAACUGACGCCCGAUGCGGACAGCUGCUCCUGGAACGUCGAGGGUGUGAUGCAAGAGAAGGCCGAGUUCUGCGAGGACCACAUCUGUGAAGAUACCGCAUUGUUGCAGCGUUUCUCGGCAUCUCAGACUGUGACGUCCAAGGAUGCACUCAAGUGUCAAAGUGAUGUCCUGUGUGCCCAUGAGUCCGCGAAUUUCACAUGA